AAAACAGAAAGCAGUUCAGCCAGUUCCUGGUGGUCGUCUAGAGAAUGGUGUACUGGUCAUAUGAUAUUCUGUAUUUUUGGCAAUGAAGAAAGGCCCAGUAAGAAAAGCAUUAUGUAGAAAAACACAGAUGUCAGCUUCUCGGACACCUAGUCCAAUGUCUCCUGUCAGUUCAAGUACCAGAUCGCCAUCUCCUCUUAGCCAACAAACAUCUCCAUCUGCUUGCAAAAGCACGGUGCGGAGGCAGCAACAGCUUGAUAUUACAGCAGAAGAUGUAGAAGCUGCUUUUGAAUAUAAGUUUCAUAAAGAUGAAAAUGGUGUUAGUCCAGGAGUUAGGUACAUUACCGAACCCCUCAUCAAAGGUCUGUCAAAACAGGAAAAUUUGGCAUGUAUAAGCUCACUGAACCUUUCUUCCCUGAAGGAUGGGGACAAGAAAUUUAAGUACAUAGAAAACUUGGAAAAGUGCUCUAAACUAGAGACACUAAAUCUUAGUUACAACCAAAUAGAGAAGAUUGAGAAGCUGGAUAAACUGAUGAAGCUGCGUGAACUCAAUUUGUCUUGCAACAAAAUUGGUAAAAUUGAAGGUAUAGAACAUAUGCAGAAUCUGCAAAAGCUGAACCUUGCAGGGAAUGAGAUUGAGCAUAUUCCUGUGUGGGUAGGGAAGAAGCUGAGAUCCCUGCGCAUCCUUAACUUGAAACAGAACAAAGUAUCAUCACUCCAUGAUAUAGCUAAACUAAAGCCUCUACAAGAUCUGACUUCUCUAUUCCUUGCUGAUAAUCCAGUUGUGAGUCUGCCUCACUACCGCUUGUACACCAUAUUCCACUUGAGAGCGCUGGAAAACUUGGAUGGACAGCCAGUGACAAAUCACGACAGGCAGGAAGCUCUGGAGAGGUUUAAUUUAGAAGAGAUAGAAAAAUUAGAGAGAGAGUUGGAAAACACAGUAAAGGAGAUGGAAAACCUUAAACUUAACCAGUCCAAAGUGCUCGAGCAACUUCACCAUCAAGAUGAAGUCAACAAAUCAUUAAAAGAAAAGACUUUGCAACAGAAACAAAGCUAUGAAGACCUGCAAAGGGACCUGGACACCAAAAAUGAAUUGUUAAGGCAGAAGACAAUGGAGCUAACCCGAGCGUGCCAGAAGCAGUACGAAUUGGAGCAGGAACUGGCGUUUUAUAAGAUUGAUGCAAAAUUUGAGCCAUUAAAUUAUUUUCCAUCAGAGGAUGUUGAACUUGAUCAUGUACCUGGUGAAAGCCCAUACAUUGGUAAGGCCAGGUAUAAAAGAAAUAUGUUUAUAGGAGAAGGUUACAUUGUUAACAAAGCUCAGCAGGUGGAGAUUGGAAAAAUGCAACUAGAUGAAGAGGACUUCUAUAGGAAACCCCAGCUGAAACUGCAGCUCCAAACUCUAGAUGAGCUACUAGAGGGUAAAGAAAAAAAGAUUAAUUCAGCACAAAGAAGAUUAGAAGAACUGCAAAGUGCAAUAGGAAAUGCAGAGCAACAAGUGCUGAAAGUAACAGGGGAACUGCAACAACUGGAGGAUGCUCUGGCUCAGAAAAAAAUGUCGCAGGCCAACAAGGAAGAUCUUGAACAGCAAUUGAGUGAAAAGAUACAAAUCCUGCACCAGCUACGCAAGGAAACUUUAGAACUGGAAAAACAAAUGGAGAAACAGAAAAGAGAAAUAGGGAAAAAGCAGAAAGAGCUUGAAGACUUGCAGAGUUCUCUUGCUUCUGUAAAUCCCGAAGAUGCAAGGCAUGUUCACAUGAGAGCUCAAAAAUCAAGUAAAGAACAGCAGUUUGAUGUAAUGAACAAACAUUACAAGCAGCUUGAGAGUCGCUUGGAUGAGAUGCUCUCUCGGAUUGCUAAGGAAGCGGAGGAAAUCAAGGACUUGGAGCAACAGCUCACUGAUGGUCAAAUAGCAACAAAUGAAGCACUGAAAAGGGAUUUAGAAAGUAUUAUCAAUGGAUUACAGGAAUACCUGGAAAGUGUUAAGUGUCAGGCAAAACAGGCCAAUGAUGAGUGUAAGGAGUUGCAGAAGGAUAAAGAAUCUUUGCUACAAAGACUGGCAGAUCUGGGGGAGGAAAGAAACAACCUGGAAAUAGUUGCCAUGGAUGCAGAAAAUAUGAGAAAAGAAAUUACAAUGCUAGAGAGUGCACUCCAAGAGCAGCGAGAAAUAAAUGAGUCACUUAGAGAUGCACAAGGGGACAUCAGCGCCUAUGAGGCUGAACUGGAAGCCCAGCUAAGAGACAGAGACAUGGAAGCCAAUCAGCAAAAAGAAGAAUUGGAAAGAUUGAAACAACUUAGCCAGAUGGAACUGUCAGCCCUGCAAGCUGAACUUGAAAAAGAAAGGCAAGCAUUAGAGAAUGCUCUGACCAAAGCACAACUAGCAGAAGAGAAGGAACAACAAAACUAUAAGCUCCUUUCUCAGUUCAAACAAUUGCAGGGAGACAAUAAUCUCCUGAAACAACAGCUUAAAGAUCUUCAGAAUCAGCUAAACCAUGCAGUUGGCAACUUAAUUCAUCCUGAGGAAGUCUUAGCUCGUAUAAAUGAACUCAAGCAAAAUCUUCGGACAGGAGUUGGAGAGACUGAAUGUCAGAAUUCAGCUGAUGUUUUAGGGAAAAGCCUUGCGAAUCUGCAGAAAGAAUUUAAUGACAUCCUUGCUGAUGCUCAAAGGGAAAAAGAGAAAGCAUGGGCUAGACAGAGACAAUUGCAGGAAGAAAUGGUGUCCCAGCAGGAAAAUCUGGAAGAAGUACAGGAGAAAUAUAGGCAGGUUAAAGCUGAAAACAGGCAGAAUAAGAACAAGGUCCACCAGUUAGAGAAUGAAAUUCAACGUUUACAUGAAAAAAUAAAGAGCAUGGAAGAAAUUCAGGGCCUUGCUGAUCAACAGCUCCAAGAGGCAGAUGAAGAGAAAGAGACUAUUCUUGCUCAGCUGGAAGAUUUAGAGAAAAGGAAAAAAAUAGAAGAUGCCAGGGCACAAAUGCAACUUGUCAGUCUAGAUAAAGAACUGAAGGAAUUGAAGAGAGCAAUCAUCACUUCAGAUCAACUGGCAGCCACGGAGCUCUCCAUUGCUAAAAAUCAGCUAAAGGCUCUUCACGGGACUGUUCUCAGAAUUAAUCAGGAGCGAGCUGAGGAGAUUGAGGAAGCCGAAGAGUUCUGUGCUGAGGCAGCUCGUGCAGCUCGGGAUCUUGCCAGAGCAGAAGCAGAAAUAGAAUUGUUACAACAACUCCUCAAGGAGAAGGAAGGACAAUUUCAGCAUGAAAUGGAGAAAGCUGGUGAGAAGACUAUUGCAUCGAGCUCUCAGAAGUUUGAAAUUGAUAAAUUAAAUGAAGCUAUGGAGCAACAAAAAGCAGAAAUUGACCGUUUAAGAUGGUUGUUGGAUAACGUUGGGACAGCUAACAAAGACGAAAUUGACAGCUUACAAGAUGAAAUUGCUGCGCUCAAAAAUGUGCUUUCAUACCAGAAUGAUUACAUCACCGGUAUAGCAGAUCCAUUGAAAAGAAGGGGAUACUGGUACUAUGUGCCAUCAUCACAGGCUUCAACUCCUGCUUCCCACAGCACAAAAGAUUCUGGAGUAUGUUUACAGUGUUGUGGCACCUCCCCACCCAGAAGAGGGUGCGGCCAGGACGGGCAGUGCAGGAAGGAAGAUUUGCCCAAUCAAGGAGGAUGUUGGGUUUAUUCCCCAGUCAGAAAUAGGUUGUACAAAACAAAUUCUGGUAAAGAUAGAAGAGCAAAAGAAGAUAGUGAAGGAAAUGAAGAAACUCGUGUUGCCAAAGACCCUCCUUUUGUGCCACCACCUGGGACAGUUAUUUACACAGUCCUUCCAGACGGUGCUCCUGUACCUCAGGGAACCGUGGUUUAUGGCCCUCCUCCUGCAGCAGCAAGCGGAGGUUCAGUUGCUCCUGGGUCUGUUAUCUACGGCCCGCCUCCUGUGGGAGCCCAAGUUGUUUAUGGCCCUCUUCCUCCAAACUUCACUGUCCCGCUCAUUCCUCUUGGAGUGCUUCACUGCAAUGUGCCUGAACAUCACGAUUUGGAGAGUGAAGUCUCAAGGCUAGAAGACACUGUGUAUUAUUUAAAGUCUCAGAAAUACAAAGAUAAAUUGUCAGAAGCAGCUGAGCAUAAAUGCAAAAAAGAGGUGGAAAAAUUGCAUCAAAACAUUGAAGAACUCGUGCAAGAAAGAGAAGAGUUGGAACAAGAAGUAGCAGAGCUACGAAGAGCAGCUCAAAAACAUAACAAACACAAGGACUUCAUUGAAGGGUAUACUGACAACCUUAUUGCAGAAUUGCAGCUAGAAAAAUCUCUGAAACAUCAUGAAGAUAUUGCAGAUGAAAUUGAAUGUAUAGAGAAGACUCUUCUGAAACGACGAGCAGAGCUUAGAGAGGCAGAUAGGCUACUUUCAGAAGCUGAAGUGGAACUUGAGAGCACACGGGGGAAAACUAAAGACACUAUUCAGAAGUACAAUCAUGCCAAACAGCAUUUGUCCUAUACCGAAACUGAGGCAAAGGAACUAGAGCGAAGGGCUCAGGAAGUGGCCAUUAAACUUGUGAAAGCAGAUCAGCAAUUAAGGUUAUUACAGGCAGAUACAAGGGAUUUAGAACAGCAUAAGAGGGAACAAGAAGGUAUUUUGAAGGAAAUCAACCAAAUGGUGGCUGCAAGAGACUCUGAGUUCCAGUCGUUAAACCAGAAGAUAGAAAUGCUAACUGAAAGUCUUCAGAAGCUUCAAGGAGAUAUUAAAGUUGCAGAAGGUAAUGAAGAACAUCACCUCCAAAUCCUUAGAGAAGCAGAAAACCUUCUUCACGGCAAGAAAACUGAACUGGAAAGAUUAAAAGAUCAGAUUACUGCUCAGCAACAAGAGCUCUUGUUUCUGGAGCAACAGUUAAAUCAAAGAAAAGAAGAGCUCCAUGUCCUUCAAGACUGUAUUUCUCAAAAGAAAGGUGACCUCAAAGAAGCUCUUCGAGAUGGAGAGACGGAAGCAAAUGAAAAACUACGCCAGAUAAGAGAAAUAAAACUACUUCUGGAGGAGCUUAAUGGUGAGAGGAAAGAACUGGAUGUCCAGAUUAAUGAGAAAAGAGCCCAGCUUUCAUUCAUAAAGAAGGAUAUUGGAAAAGAGGAAGAAAAUCUUCAAGGAAUACUUGGGCAAAUUACCAAGCAUAAGAUAGAACUGAAACAUGUUCUGGAAACGCUGGAGCUUGAAAAUAAUGAACUUCGAGGUUUGAAACUGCAACAUGACCAAAAGGUUAAUGAGCUAGAAAAGACUCAGGUUGCAAUUCUAGAAGAGAAGUUAAAACUGGAGAAUAUUCAGCGAUUAUUUCAGUGUCAGCAAGGGGAAGUAGACUGGCAGGAACAACUACUUGAGAAAGACCGUCAGGAAAAUGAACAUCUGGUUUCUCAACUGCGUACUCUGCAAAAUAAUAUUGAGUCUUUGAAUAAAGAAAAGGAAAAGCUUGAAGAAGACUGUCAGAGUUUGGAAAAUAAGUUGUCACAAACCAGAAGAGACUUAACUGCUACUGAAGAUAGCAGCAGAACUGCUUUGUCCAACAUGGAAAAAAUGGAAUUGGAUAUUAAAAACCUGCAGCAGGAGGUCGAUCUACUGAACAAACAAAAGAAAUCACUGAAUGGAGACAUUAUUGUGGUACAGAAGGAUCUUCGAGAAAAAAAGGAAGAACUAGAAACGCUGAAAGGAGAAUUAAAUGAUUCCAGGCAACAGCUUCAACUGGUAGAACAGGAUUUGAAAAAUAAUACAAGGCAUCAGGAUGAGUUGCUUAGAGAGCAGGCAACCCUGAAAGAAGAUAUCCUAGAGUAUUUAAGGAAACGUAAGGAUUGCCAAGAGAGACACAAAAAGAGGGAGAACCAACUGCAGCAGCUCCAGAAAGAGAUCGAAGAGAAGGAAGCAGAACUAGCCAAGCAAGAAGCGAUUCUUCAUCGCCUCAAGCAAAAUUCAGAGCGUGAAGGAAAAAAACUGGAAGAAUGCACUGCUAAAGUGAAAGAUCAGAAAAGACUAUUGGAAAAGGAACUAACGGAUCAACAAAAGAAACUGGAACAGGCAACAGCCAAAGUAAGGCUGGUAGAAGAAAACCUCAGGAAGCUGGAAAAGGAGGAGUCCCGAUGUGCAGCGCUUGAAGAAACCGUCAGAAAAAGCAAACAUCAGCUCUCGGAAAAAGAAUUACAAUUGCAACAAAAAAACAGAGAAAUGCAGUCUCUUCAAAAAGAACUGGAAGUCUCCAAGUUGGAGCUAAACCAUCUCCAAGAUCAGAUAGCAUCAGAGAGGAAAAAAGCCGAAAAACAAAUCUUGAGUCUGAAAGAAGCAAUGAAGAUGCAAAGGAUGCAGCUUGAAAGAAAAUUACAUGAACAAAAGCAUGAAAAUAACUGUUUGCAGAGCAAUGUAGCAGCUGCCGAGCAAGUAGCACACAACCACCACGAACGAGCCAAGCGCCUUAUGAAGGACCUUGGCCAGAUCCAGCAGGAUUAUACGGAUCUCCAAACCCAGGUUAAAACUCAGGAAGACCUGGAAAAGAGACAAAGGGAAAUACAGAACGCAGCAACGUUGCUUAAAGUGGAGGUUGAAGAUGAAAUUAGGAUGGGGUUUAAAUCUUCACGCCCACCCUCUCUGGAACGGUUGGAAGAUUUGGAAGCAUCUUCUGAAGAAAAGGGAAGUCUGCAGUGUGAAUCCGAGAACUUAGAGGAGGACGAUUCGUUUGCUGCUGCUGACAAAAGACUCCUCUCGUUGGAAGAGAAGCUGAAUUUUUCUAAAGUCUUCUUGAUGGAUGAACAAUGGCGUGGAGAGGCUCUCCGAGAGAAACUGCAGCAUCGUGAAGAUCGGCUGAAGGCUCAGCUCCGGCAGUGCAUGUCCAAGCAAGUCGAAGUUUUAAUCAGAGGAAAACAGCAAACGGAAGGCAGCCUUCACAGCUUGAAGCGACAGGUCGAUGCACUGGAUGACCUAGUCAGCACCGCGUCUUCGGACUCACAGAGCCUGGCCCGAAGCUCAAGUCUGCUCUCUCUGCGUGAUGCUCUGACUUUAACAAAACCACAGGCUACUCUGACGCGGCUCGAGCGCUUCCCCAGGGGGGGUGCAGCUAUUCCAGUGGGGUCUCGGACGUCGCACAGCCUGCUGGCCAGGCGGGGCUCCAGCCCUCUCAGCCCCUGCCACCUUCGAAGACUUCUACCUCAGUAUUUUGCGAGCCUUUUUGAAAAAGGCAUUUGCCACCGCUAA